AACUGUCAUCCACAAAUUGCACGCAUUCGGCGGACAAGUUCAACAAAGUAUUGCAUAAAAAUAAACUCUUUCGGGACAAGAUUUCCAACUUUUGCAAGAAAUCAGCGAAAACUAGUGAAUUUCUGCUGUCUUGGCAUACGGGUAAAUUGUUAACGGAUCUAAGAAGUGCACAAAAGGCCCAAAGAUGGUCGUGGGUGCCUUUCCGGCCGCCAAACUGGGCGUGCUUGCCAUGAAGCAGAUUUCCAAGCCGAUCGCAAGUUUGCUGAAGGCACGGGCCAAAAACAGUCCGUUCUUCCGGAAGUACGUGUGCAUGCCACCGGCUCAAUUCUACAACUGGAUGGAGGUAAAGACCAAAAUGUGGGCCAUGAACCUGGGCAAACCUACCGCAGUUCCGGUACUGAACGAGGCGAUGGCCAUUGAGCUGGGUGCGAAUUUGUUGGGUGAAAUCGUAAUUUUCACCAUCGGUGCCGGCUUGCUCUUGCUGGAAUACCAACGACAAGUUCGAAAGGAAGCCAACAAGGAGGAAGUAGUCCUGCAGGAAAAGCUGGAACUUCAAGCAACAAUCAACGAGUUGAUUUUCCAAGUGCAACGCCAAGAUACUCAGAUCCGUGAAAUGGCUCGGGUCGUAGCAGAUUUAGAAUCAAAAUCCUCAUGGACGCCAAAAAUCUUGUCGGAGCUGACCGGCAAGAAGAACAGCGCCGAGCAACCGUUGUAUAUUCCGGAUAGGCCACCCUACCCCACGUCCAGUGGUAAUUCUGGCCUGGUAACACAAGCGUUAAAUGUGAUUGAAAAUGAGGUUUUUUAUAGAGACGACGCAGAGUCGGACAGCGACGAACCUGCAGAGAACGGACGAGCUGGCAUCGUCUCAAAAGCCCUAAUUUAUCUCCUCAAUACUAGUGAUAGUAGAUAAAUUGUACCAAUGUGUUUGUUGAUCCACAGGAUAAAAAAGGCUAGAAUUUUUGUUUGUGUACAUAGUUUGUGCUCAGCGAUUGUUGAACUUACCAUUUCAAUAAAUGACGCUCGUUUCUGCAUUGAA